AUGAACGAGAAGAAGCCAUGUUCGGUUGAAGAACCUCCAGAUGGCGGUUAUGGAUGGGUAAUCUUAGUCUCGAGCAUGGCAAUUGCAUUCAUUUGUGGAGGAAACUUUUAUAAUUGCGGGAUUUUCUUGGUGUCUUUUGUUGAACACUUUCAACAGGGUACUGCCCAAGUGUCCCUCAUCGGUUCAAUCAGCAGUGCCUUAUACGUGAGCUCAGGUCUCUUGGCGAACCCUCUCUGCAAACGAUUUGGUGUGCGGAUCGUUGUUAUGGUUGCUGGUUCCAUUUCUACAGUUGGAGUUAUUCUUUCCAUCUUCACCCCUUCAUUGAUGUUUUUGUACUUCAGUUAUGGUGUCCUUGUAGGUUUUGGACGAGGAGUUUCCGUGUUUUCAACGUUUUUAAUAAUGCCCCAGUAUUUCAAAAAACGUUAUGCAGUCGCAAAUGGAAUGACUUUUGUUGGUGUUAGUGUCGGUAUAUUGUGCCUCGCGCCUCUCUACAAUUUUGUAAUUGAAGUGUACGGGUGGCGGGGAGCCAUGUUUAUCGUUGCUGGCAUCGACGUCCAUCUACUUGUGUUUGGUUCGCUAUUGAGACCUCUACCAAGAGAAUCCAAUGGCGAGAAGAACACUUUUUAUAAACUUACAGCAGGGAAUAGUGAACGUGAUGAUGUCAGUAAAAAUGAACUAAAAUAUCAUCAUUCACUCGAGAGCAUGGCGAUGCUCCGAGAGCAAGAAUAUAGUCCAGUUAAAACAAAACAUAUUCGAACUGGACAUUUUUUUAUAAAAUGUUCGAACCUUCCGGUUUUGAAACUGUUCUUGAAAAACCCUGUUUUCUCUUUAAUAUAUUUUGCGCAAUUACUGGAAAGCUUUGGGAUCAGUACAACACUUAUGUAUAUAGUGGCAAGAGCGAUAUCCAUGGACAUUUCAAGACUGAACGCAUCAUUUCUGAUGACGUUAAUGGGCAUAGGAUGGAUGAUGGGUUGUCUGUCACAUGGUUGGAUUGUACACACUGGUUACAUAUCAGCCAUAACGCUUAUGGGUUUAACCAUCGCGGGCAGUGGCAUGGCGGUUUUAUGCAUCGUUUUUGUCCAUACGUAUGCACUGUUGGUCGUCUUCGUAGUUUGUUAUGGAAUAUUCUGUGGCACGUACCAACCUGUUAUCAUGGUUGCUUUGAGAGAAUGCGUAGAAGACAAAGACCAUGGUACGGCUGCUGCACUAGAUUGGUCUAUUAUGUCCGUUGGAUACAUGUUUGGACCACCCAUCGCAGGCUGGCUGUAUGACACUUCUGGAACUUUCAACACACCCUUCUUAGUCGCCGGCGGCGUCCUGGUAUGCAGCGGGAUUAUGGUUUUAUUGGCGUCAAGAAUGAAGACGCGACUAGAAUAUGGUCCAUUCUCUCCCCGUGACUAUGAAGUACAAAUUUGGAGAAAUCCCUGA